AUGUCAUCGUUCACCGGUAUAUCCGUCGUCAAAGGCCAUCAGGAGGGCUCAUGCAACACGUCGGCUGUUGACACUGACACGGACAGCGGCUACCAUCUGCUCAUGAUCAAAGGCUACUCGUACACCAAAGAGCUACUGUCCAUGGGAGAGAGCAUCAAUGCUGGUCCUUUCAUGGUAGGAGGCCAUGAUUGGUAUAUCCAGUACUUCCCUAACGGUCGGAACCAAGACUGUGUCGACUUCAUCUCUCUCUAUGCAUUGGUUUUCUCUGACGAUGACAAGGUGGAUGCUAGGGUCAGUUUUAGUCUCGUCGAUCAGAUUGAGAAGCAAACGCCGAUGUACAUUCGUGCAACUAAUAAAGUUUGCCGGCUCCACAGUAAUGUUUCCUGGGGCACCCACAAGUUUCUGAGAAGAGAUGCCCUUGAACGAUCCGCGAACCUAAAGGGUGAUUCUUUCACCAUCCGAUGCGACAUAAUGGUUUGCAAGGAUCCUAAUACUGAAGAUGUCGGUGGCCACAACGCCAAGGUGCUCCUGUCUGACAUAGACCAACAUUUUAACAAUCUCCUUCAAACCAAGGUGGAUGCUGAUGUGACAUUUGAGGUUAACGGCGAGACGUUCACUGCACAUCGGUGUGUGCUUGCAGCCCGGUCCAAAGUCUUCAUGGCACAGCUCUUUGGUCCCAUGAAGGAGGGCACUACUACGUCUAGUGUCAUACAUAUCAAAGACAUGGGAGCAAACGUGUUCAGGGCGUUGCUUAAAUUCAUCUACACGGACUCAUGUCCUGAGAUAGAGAAGGGCUACAUGGAGGAGGAAGAAAUGUCACAAGUUCUAGAAGAAGGACAAGAAAAGAAAACAAUAGACAAUGAAAUGUGGAUGCAAUGGCUUCAAGACUUGUUUGUGGCGGCAGACAUGUAUGAUCUCCAACGACUCAAAUGCAUAUGUCAAAUGCAAUUGUCUGAUAACAUAGAUGUGAGCUCGGUGAUGUCCACUCUUGCUAUAGCCGAGCAGCACCACUGCCAGGGAUUGAAGGAGGCAUGCUUCAAGUUUAUCCAAGCCCAAUCCCCCUCAUGCUUGCAAACAAUAACGAUGAAUGAUGGUUGGAAUCAUGUAGUUUUGACCUAUCCCUUGGUUUUGAAGGAGAUUUUUGUCAAGCUUGCUUGGAACCGACAAAAGUAG